CUGCUAUCACGUUCACAUCCCCUCCUUAUCAUUAGCUACCUUUGGCAGGUGAAUCGAUCUGAAGCUCCAUCGCCUUCACUAGGCAGCAAGCAGCAAGCUGCAAGUCCAGCCCAGAUCAAGUUUCCACCAAUUUGUGGCUAGAGACUGCGGUGUCAAGCCGCACGGCUCGGAGAGAGUUGGAGUAGGAGCAGUACUGCACAACAAGGAGGGUCAAAAUCAAAAUUGAUGCUUUCUAGUGUUUGCGUAAUACUAUAGGUAGGUGAGUGAUCUCAAUUUGUUCGGUACUACGUACACAUGUCGAUGCCACUUCAUUCAUUAGCUACCUGGGGAAUUGGGGAUUUGGAUCUAGCUAGUAGCAGCAAGUAGGCUCAUACCGACACAUGCAUGAGUAUGGUUUUGUUUCCAUGUUAAAAACGUACGUAGUGACCUGAUUGGAACGCUCAUGUCCCUUCUCUGAAAGUGCCUGAUGACCUGAUAGACCCAUCCCUUCCUCCUCCCUUCAGUAGGCAGGUCAAGCUGAAGCUCCAUCGCCUUGGCUGGGCAUCAAGCGGCAAGAGGCUUGUCCAGACAGUCUUCUCGCUAGCUGCAAUUUGAGAAGCUGCUGCUUUCAGGGAUCUGCCGUCUCUGGCAGAUCAAUUACCACUAGACACUGGGGUGUCAGGCAGCACGGGCUCGAGAAGAGUUCGAGUCUGUACAAGUGCACAACAAGGGAGGGCCAAAAUCAAAACUACUGCCUUCUUUUCGCAUAAUAUGUAAUGACAUAUAUACUGACUACAAAUGGAGCACAAAGCUACCACUGCGCGAAGUGAUCUAGAGCAUAUACUAGUCGAUGAAACCGCAGAACCCACGGCCCUGCCAUUAUCACUUUUGAAGGACAUCACAGGUGAUUUCUCUGACGAUCAGGAGAUUGGACGUGGUGGAUUUGCAGUGGUUUAUAAGGGAAUAUUUGGCGAUAAGGUGAUCGCCGUGAAGAAGCUGUCCAACGCUUAUAUGCAUGAAAUGGAAUUUGACCGAGAGAUUGAAUGCCUAAUGCGGGCAAAGCACAAAAAUGUAGUAAGAUUUCUGGGAUAUUGUGAUGACACACAAAGAAGUAGGGAAAGAUUCAAUGGAAAACAUGUCAUGGCAGAGAUUCACCAAAGAUUGCUUUGCUUCGAAUAUGUACGUAAAGAGAGUCUUGAUAAGUAUAUCAACGGUGCAUAUCAUGAGUGGGGAACGUGCUAUAAAAUAAUCAAAGGGAUCUGUGAGGGUCUACAGUACCUUCACGAUAAUCAUAUUAUUCACCUGGAUCUGAAACCCGCCAAUAUACUGCUCGACGAUAACAUGGAACCGAAAAUUACUGAUUUCGGCCUAUCAAGAUGCUUUAAUGAAAAUCAAAGCCGGGAUAUUACCAAAACUAUAUUAGGAACAAUAGGAUAUUUGGCACCAGAAAUUCGCGAAGGAGGUGUAAUUGCACGCAGCGCUGACUUGUAUAGUGUUGGUGUCAUUAUCCUGGAAAUACUGACCGGGCAGAAGGGGUAUCAAGAUAUUGGGGAUAUGAAUCGGCAAUGGAUGUACGGUAACCGACUCUCCGGCGAG